UUUUAUUAUUGCGCCAAAAUUAUAUGUAUAUAUCCGAUAAAUAAUCUAAUAUAUCGUUCUGUAUCAUAUCAAGACGUUAUGAAUUCGAUGAUUCUAUUUCCAUAUGAAACAAAUAUAAACAGUAGAUAGAAUGACCUCUAUAAAGAUUUCACGGGUAAAGUUUUGUCUGCAGUAGGAGAUACAAUCACAAUGUGCGCGGUUCUUCAUAAAUAAAAAGUUUAAUGAAACUAGCGUCUCUCUUCAAAAAGUUACAAACAAUAAAGGACAAUAACGAGAGAUUUCAAAUAAACAAUUAUAAUGUCGCGACGAAACGAUACGAGCGACGAUGAAACGGAUCUGCAAAUACCUCAGGUGUUCCUCAAGACCGGUUCAGGACAAAUCUCUCACUGCAGCUGUAACAACUCAGUUAUGCGCAGUCCAAUCAGUCCUAGCUCGUCUGUCUCGAGUUCCAUGAUAUUCGGACAGAUCUCCGACGAUGUUCUCCGCGCUUGGAGUCAAUUGCCGGAGGCGAUCCGUCUGGAUCCCAGAUUGGCGAUUUUCCAAAGGGAAUGCGACCGGAUAGCGGAGGCGAGAUCUAUGGAUUACGUGAAGAGGGACUGCCUGGUUGUGAACAUGUGCCCGCAUCUCGUGCCGCAAACUAACGCUCAAAGUCAAGUUCAAACAAUUCAGAGCAAUGCCGACGAGGACGGGCAAGAUAUGCACACGCAAGAGAAGCAGAAGCCGUUUUGCCGCUAUUCGAAAUUGAUCGCGCUCUCCUGCUGUUGGCUACUAUUUACAAUAACACUCAUGUUCAAAGGCGAAAAGAUCGAGAUGAUGCAUCGGUUUUCCAUUCCUAACGGACAAACUUCAAAUUACCAAAUCAGCGAACCUAUUAUGAGCAAGUUGAUUAGCGUAACGAUAAAAGGAUCAUUGCUGCCCUCGUAUAAAACCGAGCAACAUGCGAAUUUAUCCACGCGCUAUUUAAUGACAUGGUUAGAACUUCUUACAGAUGAGAAUACGCCUUACGUCAAUUCGAAGAACGUAAGCGAUGUGUGGACCUUGCCGUUAUUGCCCGAAAACUUGAUGGACAUCUUUCCCGAACAGAGGCAGGAAAGAACUUUUGAAAUAAACGUCGAUAGCGAGGCACUGUCGCGCGGCGUAAUGUAUAUCAAAUUUCAUACAAAUUUGGAGUCAAACCUUGCGUUUUCUUUAGCUUACGAUCUGUCGCCGAUGAAUGCCAAUGUCGGCAUAAUAUACGCCGCUUUCGUUUUAAUUGGCCUCUACAUCAUGAUCAUUUUCGAGGUUGUCCAUAGAACUUUGGCUGCCAUUUUAGCGUCUACGACGUCUAUUGCAAUAUUGGCGAGUUUAAACGAGCGACCAAGUAUGGGUGAAAUAAUGUCUUGGAUAGAUAUGGAUACGCUGCUGUUAUUGUUUUCCAUGAUGGUGCUGGUAGCCAUUAUCGCCGAAACCGGCAUAUUCGACUGGCUAGCAGUCUACGCUUACAAGAUAACCGCCGGUAAACUGUGGCCGUUGAUUAUGGCCCUGUGCUUCUUUACCGCCCUUCUGUCAUCGAUACUGGACAACGUAACGACUGUGCUGCUAAUGACACCGGUGACUAUCCGGCUGUGCGAGGUAAUGGAGUUAAACCCGGUCCCGAUCUUGACCGCUAUGGUGGUUUACUCCAAUAUCGGAGGCGCGAUGACGCCUGUUGGCGAUCCGCCGAAUGUCAUCAUCGCUUCCAAUAAAGACGUCAAGAAUGCCGAAAUCGACUUUGGCACCUUCUCGUUGCACAUGAGUAUCGGGGUGAUACUAGUGUUGAUCGUGGUUUCCGCGCAAAUCCGCUACAUCUUCCGAGACAUCGCGGUUCUUAGAUUCAACGAGCCGCAAGAUGUACAGGAUCUGAGACACAUGAUCGCCAUUUGGCAACGAGCGGCAGCGAGUCUGUCUAGUUACAGCAGGGACGAGAAUCUGGUGAGGGAGACAUUGUUGAAGAAAGUGCAGCGUUUACUGUCUCAACUAAAGAAGAAGCUGAUAACAGGAAGCGCAGCGUUAGAAAAGUACAAGACUACGCUCGAAGAAUUACAGGAAAAAUAUCCCAUCAGGGAUAAAUGGUUGCUGGCAAAAUCGGGAUUCGUGCUGGCUUUCGUGAUCACACUCUUCUUUCUGCACAGCGUGCCUGAUUUGCAUUUGUCUCUGGGCUGGAUCGCCUUGAUUGGCGUGACGCUGCUAUUGAUAUUGGCCGAUAGCGAGGAUUUCGAUGGUCUUAUGGCGCGUGUCGAAUGGAGCACGUUAUUAUUCUUCGCGUCGCUGUUUAUUCUUAUGGAGGCUCUCUCGCGUUUGGGUCUCAUCACUUGGAUCGGCAAACAAACCGAGAACUUUAUUCUAUCGGUUAACGAAGAGUCCCGAUUAGCGGUUGCGAUACUGCUGUUGCUCUGGGUGUCGGCUUUAGCAAGCUCCUUGGUCGACAACGUACCACUCGCUACCAUGAUGGUGAGAAUCGCAUCGAAUCUGGCGCAAAAUCGUGAGCUCAGCUUGCCAAUGCAACCCUUGGUAUGGGCAUUGACAUUCGGCGCUUGUAUGGGAGGAAAUGGAACUUUGAUUGGAGCUUCUUCCAACGUUGUUUGCAUGGGUGUCGCGGAACAGCACGGCUACAGAUUUAGUUUCAUGCAAUUCUUCAAGGUAGGAUUUCCCAUCAUGAUAACAAGUACUAUAACAAUAACAAUAUAUUUAAUGAUUGCCCACGUAGUCUUCGGCUGGAAUGGAAAGUAAAUAUAAUGAAGAAUUAUAUAUGAAAGCGAAGAUUUGUUCGAUAUACAAGAAACGAUGUACUUGUAUCGUAUAUUUGUAAAAAUGUUUAUCAUGUAAUUUCUUAAGAGCAAAUUAAUAUAAUUACGUAACAUUAUCAAAUAAUUCUCAAGAAUUAUAAGUUUCGAUAAACAGAGUUGUUCAUUUAACGCGACAUAAUAUCUCGAAAAUCUAUGUAUUAUAGUUUUUUUACUUCAUAUUUAUUAUAAUUUAAAUAUGUAUAUACUUUUUAUGAUUCUAAACAUAAUAGAAUUUGUAUAAGAAAAUUGUAAAAAAACAGAAAUUGAUAAAGUUCUGUGAUAUAAAAAAUCAGACAUAUAAUAUAUAAUAGUCAUUAUAUAUACAUAUAUGUCUCAUUUGCAAUAAAUAUUAUUCUUUAAUUGCUUAUCUUGAUACGAAACACGUUUACUUCAUAAUAAUAAUAUUAUAAAUAACAAUGCGUAAAUAUAAAAGAAUUGUAAUUGGCAAAACUCUUAUUGUAAAAAGAUUUAAUGAUCACACAUGAAAUACAUUUAUAUAUGCUAGACAAUUCGUUGAAAUAUUUUUAUUAAAAAGAUGCUCUCCGGGAGAAAAAAAAUGUCCAAAGUUUGUGACAUCGUCAAGUUCUUCAAAAUCGAAUAAUUUAUCGCGCAAACUUAUAUUAUUCGUAAUUGUGCCUUGCAAUUCAGUGCAAUACAAUCGCAUUUGGAUCAAAUCACUGUGAAACUGAAAUAUCCCAUUUUAUUUAAUAUCUCUUACACGCAAAAUUAGUAUUUUAAUAAUUGACAAUAAAUUACUGUGAUUGAAAAAGAAAUUUAUUAAAAUUAUUAUUAUAAAUAUAAACGUUACGAGUUUGCAUUAAAUCAGAAACUAUCUUAGAAUUGCGUACAUAGCACGGGAAAAAAAAUGUCUUAUAAAGAAGCGAUAGAGAAGAAUCACAGAGAGCUGCUGCAAAAAUAUUAUCGUAUUUACAAUAAAUAUAACAUAUUAAUGAUGUUAAUGAUGUGAUAUUUAGAAUGAUGUUUUUCUGCUUUACUGCAAUCCUGUUAUUUGUAAGUACUAUAAUUUCUGAUGUGUGAAUUAUUUGUCUUUCCACCUGCAUCAUAGAACUUUGUUUUCAUUAAUACACGACAGAAACGACAUAUCUCUUUAUAAACAUGUAUAAAAGAUUGAAUAAUCUCCAAAUGUAAAAUAAAAUUAGAUAGCUGCUUCUCAAGUUUGGAUUAAAAUUAUUUAGAAAUAUUCAGAAAAGAGAUACUCGUUAAUAGCUGAAAUUAAAAACAGCGUUAAAAAGUUGUCACAUGAAUGAAAAGUCUCACAAGUAUGACAAAGGAAACAAUUCGAGAAAAACUUAUCUUAAACACAUGACCGAUCAAUUUUACUACACAGUUACACUAUAGAUUAUAUUUGUAUAAUUCUGAUUUUAUGCGAUUAUACAAUAUUUUCGUAGAACCAUGCUCUUACGCUUUACCGGGAUACGAAUCGUAAACGUCAAAUCUGUAUCUUCGUCGCGAUGCCGAAUACGAAGUAACUUUGUCAAAUAAAAUCCAGACUUAGCGCGCAGUAAAGGCAUUCUUCGAGAGCUCAUUAAUAACUAUCUGAGAUAUCUCUUAUAUAUCUUUCAGUCGUUGAAACGCACAGAGAUUUCUAUAUAACACUGCUGAACUAUUUAAUACUCAAACAUACCGCCCGAAAACAUACGCAUGAGUAUGAGAGAGAUAACAAAAUAUACCCCAGUUUAGCAAUCGACGAAAUAUUCGAAAUCCGAUUACAACGAACGAUUAUUUGAGAUUUGAAAAAAGAAGACACUUCCUGGCGAAAUAUUGCGUGAGAUGUUGAAAACUUGAAACGGUAUAAAAAAUGACAAUAACUCGAGACGACAAAAACCGUGACACAGACAUAACUGGGAUGAGAUAUGUAAUAUCGCAUCAGUAUGCUUUUCCGAGCGGUGUAGCAGUCUUAUAUAUUCGAUAUUCUAACGAUACAAAAAGAAAAACGCACACAUUCACAUCAAUGUAAAAAUGCAUCGAAAACAAUAUCUAGAAACGUGGGUGGGUGUUAAAAGGCGUUUUUAAUAUCGCGGUUAGAUCCUCGAUUUUUCGAUGGUAAUAUAAAAAAAAAAGGGAGAGAGAUAAAGAGAACAAAAUUAGAUUACAUUCUAAAUAUUGCUUUCGAUGCAAUUAUCCCAAAAAAACGAUGGAAGAAGCAGGCCCUUAUAUUAAUUACAACAAACCAUGCAAUAUUAGUAGCACUUGUGGAAUGCCUGUCACGAGAUUGGUUUGUGUAUGUGUCGAGGCGCGCAUUUAACAAGCGUAUACGAUACAUCUCUUCCAGAAAUACUUCAUCGAGAAAUAGCCGCGCGUUUAUUUACAUUUCUCACAGAUAAGCGCGCAAAGUACGAAAGAGUCCUGUAGAGAAAAGUAAGUACAAAUUACCUAGCUUUUUUAUUCGAAGUGCGUUACGCGAAUCGUGCGUGACUCGUAUCGAGGAGUUUCAAAGGAAAGGCUGUGAAAGUAAUACGCAAGAAGCUGCUGCAAAAAUAAUCGUAAUACAUAUUCACCACGGCGAUGAGGUAACUAAUAAGAGGUGUUAUCGGAAUCAGAUGGCAAGUAUAUGUGCAGAUAACAAAUAAAGUUUAACUUGCUUAAGACCUAAUAAAACUUGAAAUAGUUUCCUUGAGAUCUGCAGUAGUAUUAUUACAAGAUAAUUCAAACCAGAAACAGAACACUUUUGUGAGAAUAACCAUUCAACAAAGAAAUACAUAUGAUUAGAUAAUUUGGACAGUUCCAAAUAUUUCUAUUUCAAAAUAUUUCAUGUAAAUGAAAUAAGACAAAACUUUUAACGUGCUAAUACAAAUAAUGUUCGUAAUAUUUAUUUCUGCAAUCUUCAAACUUAGGAAAAUUUUUUAUUCAGGUGUUUUGUUUCUGAUAAACCAUCUUGUAUAUAAUUAAACAAUACAUAUGUAAAAAUUAUUCGAAGAUGUAUAUAUAUGUACAGCAGAUUCCAUACACGUUUUCGUGAUUGAUUGAAUAUCUUUCAUACAUUUACUGGAAUAAAAAAAAUCCUUAAUGCAAUAAUAAAUA